UUUGGCUAUCAGACUCAAGGCUGCCGGAAAACUCUCUGCCUUGCCGGAUCCAUCUUCUCAUUAGGAAUCCUCCCCCUGGUGUUUUACUGGAGACCAGCGUGGCACGUAUGGGCACAUUGUGUUCCAUGUUCUUUGCAUGAAGCAGACACUGUGUUGCUGAGGACAACAGAUGAAUUUCAAAUUUACUCUUGGAAAAAGGUAAUGUGGAUCUACCUGUCAGCAUUAAACAGCGCAUUUGGUCUCACUCCUGACCACCCUCUCAUUACAGAUGAGGAGUAUAUCAUAAAUAGAGCUAUAAGAAAGCCAGAUCUAAAGGUGAGAUGCAUAAAAGUGCAGAAAAUAAGAUAUGUUUGGAACUACUUAGAAGGACAGUUCCAGAAAAUUGGCUCUUUGGAAGACUGGCUCAGUUCUGCCAAGAUACAUCAAAAAUUUGGAUCAGGCUUAACAAGAGAAGAACAAGAUAUUAGGAGGUUAAUAUGUGGGCCUAAUACUAUCGAUGUUGAAGUCACACCAAUUUGGAAACUGCUCAUCAAAGAGGUUUUAAAUCCGUUUUAUAUAUUUCAACUCUUCAGUGUCUGUCUGUGGUUUAGUGAAGACUAUAAGGAAUAUGCUUUUGCCAUCAUAAUCAUGUCCAUCAUUUCCAUAGCUUUGACAGUAUAUGAUCUCAGACAGCAAUCUGUAAAACUCCACCAUCUAGUGGAGUCACAUAAUAGCAUUACGGUCUCUGUAUGUGGGAGAAAAGCUGGAGUUCAAGAGCUGGAAUCACGUUUCCUGGUGCCUGGAGAUUUAUUAAUUUUGACAGGGAACAAAGUACUAAUGCCAUGUGAUGCCGUUCUGAUUGAUGGCAGCUGUGUGGUGGAUGAAGGCAUGCUGACAGGAGAAAGUAUUCCAGUCACUAAAACUCCGUUACCCAAGAUGGAUAGCUCUGUGCCCUGGAAAACGCAGAGUGAAGCAGAUUACAAACGGCACGUUCUCUUCUGUGGAACAGAGGUUAUCCAGGCCAAGGCAGCUUGCUCCGGGACCGUGAGAGCAGUGGUGCUGCAGACUGGAUUCAACACAGCAAAGGGAGACCUUGUGAGAUCCAUUCUCUACCCCAAGCCAAUGAAUUUUAAGUUGUACAGGGAUGCUAUCAGGUUCCUCCUGUGCCUUGUAGGAACAGCCACUAUUGGGAUGAUCUAUACUCUGUGUGUCUAUGUGCUUAGCGGGGAACCUCCAGAGGAGGUGGUGAAGAAAGCCCUUGAUGUUAUCACAAUUGCGGUUCCUCCUGCUCUACCUGCUGCUCUGACCACAGGCAUUAUCUAUGCCCAGAGGAGGCUGAAGAAGAGAGGCAUCUUCUGCAUUAGCCCCCAGAGGAUCAAUGUAUGUGGACAGUUAAACCUUGUUUGCUUUGACAAGACAGGCACCUUAACAAGGGAUGGCUUGGACCUCUGGGGAGUUGUGUCCUGUGAUAGGAAUGGCUUCCAGGAAGUUCACAGCUUUGACUCGGGCCAGGCUUUGCCAUGGGGCCCACUGUGUGCAGCGAUGGCCAGCUGCCACUCUCUGAUCCUUCUUGAUGGGACCAUCCAGGGAGACCCUCUGGACCUCAAAAUGUUUGAAGCCACCACCUGGGAAAUGGCUUUUUCUGGGGAUGAUUUCCACAUCAAGGGAGUGCCGGCACAUACCAUGGUAGUUAAGCCCUGCAGAACGGCCAGCCAGGUCCCAGUGGAAGGAAUCGCAAUCCUGCAUCAGUUUCCAUUCUCAUCAGCACUGCAAAGGAUGACAGUCAUUGUCCAAGAGAUGGGAGGUGACCGACUGGCAUUCAUGAAAGGGGCACCAGAGAGAGUGGCCAGCUUUUGCCAACCUGAGACAGUACCAACUAGUUUUGUUAGCGAACUUCAGAUUUACACGACACAAGGCUUUCGAGUCAUUGCACUGGCCUACAAGAAGCUGGAAAAUGACCACCACACCACUGCCUUGGCGAGAGAGAAGGUAGAAUCAGACCUGAUAUUUCUGGGGCUACUGAUCUUGGAGAAUAGAUUGAAGGAAAAGACAAAACCUGUCUUGGAAGAGCUCAUCUCAGCCCGGAUAAGGACUGUAAUGAUCACAGGUGACAAUCUUCAGACUGCCAUCACAGUGGCCAGAAAAUCUGGAAUGGUUUCUAAAAGCCAGAAAGUCAUUCUCAUUGAGGCAAAUGAAACCACUGGGUCCUCAUCGGCAUCUAUAUCUUGGACAUUAGUAGAAGAAAAGAAACACGUUACGUAUGAGAAUCAGGACAAUUACAUUAACAUCAGGGAUGAAGUCUCUGAUAACAGCAGAGAAGGAAGUUACCAUUUUGCCCUAACUGGAAAAUCCUUUCAUGUUAUAAGUCAACAUUUCAGCAGCUUACUGCCAAAGAUACUGAUCAAUGGGACCAUCUUUGCAAGAAUGUCUCCCGGGCAGAAAUCCAGUCUGGUGGAAGAAUUUCAGAAACUGGAUUACUUUGUAGGUAUGUGUGGUGAUGGAGCCAAUGACUGCGGGGCUCUGAAAAUGGCUCAUGUGGGCAUCUCUUUAUCAGAGCAGGAGGCAUCUGUGGCCUCACCUUUCACUUCCAAAACUCCAAACAUUGAGUGCGUACCUCACCUUAUCAAGGAAGGACGUGCAGCUCUCGUUACCUCCUUUUGCAUGUUUAAGUACAUGGCUCUGUACAGCAUGAUUCAGUAUGUUGGUGUUCUGCUGCUCUACUGGAAGACAAACAGCCUUUCAAAUUACCAGUUUCUGUUCCAGGAUCUGGCCAUUACAACUCUUAUUGGUGUAACAAUGAAUCUGAAUGGUGCCUACCCCACGCUGGUGCCUUUCAGACCUGCAGGACGGCUGAUCUCUCCACCUCUGCUACUUUCUGUGAUUUUCAACAUUCUUCUCAGCCUGGCCAUGCAUAUUGUGGGCUUCAUCCUGGUUCAGAGGCAGCCUUGGUAUUCCAUGGAGAUGCAUAGUGCCUGCACAUUUCAAAAUGAAAACAUCUCAGAGUUAACCAUGUCUCCAACUGCUCCAGAAAAAAUGGAAAGUAACCGUGCCAUCACGAGUUUUGAGAACACUACUAUCUGGUUCUUGGGAACAAUCAACUGUAUCAUUGUGGCUCUUGUGUUCUCUAAAGGAAAACCGUUUAGACAGCCAACCUAUACAAACUAUAUAUUUGUCCUUGUGCUGAUAAUACAGCUUGGUGUAUGUCUAUUCAUUCUAUUUGCUGAUAUACCAGAAUUAUAUAGACGUUUGGAUCUGCUCUGCACGCCCGUCCUGUGGAGGGUCUCCAUUGUCAUCAUGCUCAGCUUGAAUUUCAUUGUGUCCCUAGUGGCCGAGGAGGCCAUUAUUGAAAAUCGAGCCCUGUGGAUGAUGAUUAAAAGAUGUUUUGGCUAUCAGUCAAAAAGCCAGUAUCGGAUAUGGCAGAGGGACUUGGCAAAUGACCCCAGUUGGCCCCCACUAAACCAAACCUCCUACUCUGACAUGCCGGGGUGUGGCAGAGGGGUGUCAUACAGCAAUCCAGUAUUUGAGAGCAAUGAAGAACAACUUUGAAGGACAUGUGAUAUCCAAGUUGAUAUUACAGAGAAACAAUGACAAAAGGGACCGGUUUCAUUGAUUUUAAGAAAUGACACUCUUGCAACAUCAGCUGGAGUUUUGGGAUACCUAUCAAAUCAUGGUGACAAACUACAGUCUGUUUGAUAAAAUACUUUCUACAGAGAAGAACAUUGACCCGGAAGAGUGCUUUCCUCUUGGCUUCUGAAGGUAUGAAGGUAUGGGAAGCAUUCAGUGAAGGCAAGAAUGGGCCAAGGAGUGCCAUGGAGACAAGCAGGCUAAAAGGGAAGAAUAUGUGAUCUUUCUUCUUAAGACAGGAUAAUACUUUCCUUUAAAAAAAAAAGAGUUGAGAGGAAGUAGUACUGUGUAUACUCAUGGAGUUGUAACAUGUUAAAGAUCACUUUUUAAUUUUUACUUCAUCAAUGAAAAAACUAAUGCAUGGGAAACAUUACACCAAUCUUUACUGUCUGGAUUCUUUUCCUCUGUAGUCCUUUUCAGAUUUUAGGCUUUUUCUUCUGCUUCUGUCCUUACCCUACAUAUUAUUAAGGAUAAGCUCAGCCUAUGCUGCAAUAAAAAAGCAAUUCUCAGGUAGCAGUGCCUUAACGCACAAGAGCUUCUUUCAUGAUCCAGGUGACACUCUGGAACAGCUAUUCUUACAGCGGUGACUGCUUCACUCUGCUGGCUCCAUCAGCUAGACACGAGGACUCUGUGUUUACUGUGAUGGGGGAAGGGAUAGGCUGGAGAUCACAUGUGGGCUCUUCACUGCCUCACCCCAAAAGUGGCACACAUCUUCUUCCCUACUCUUAUCUCAUUAGUCAGGGAUUUGGCCAGGAAGCUGGGAAGUACAGUCUGUGCUUUCCAGUACUUUAAUACUCUGCACUUUCCAGUCUUUUAACACUCUGCAGUUUCUACCUUAAAAUUCUUAAUUUUUGAACAAGGGUCCUCAUAUUUUCAUUUUGUACCAGAACCCACAAAUUAUAUAGUUGGUCUGGGAUGCAAUCCUGGGAAGGAAGGGAAAACAGCAGAUCAGAGAGCACUAGUGCUGUCCGCUCACGUCCACUUCUCUUAACCCCAGAACUGACCCUAUGUUUCAGGAACCUCUCAUGUCACAUGGCCAACUCCAGAAAUUUUCACUCCUCUGCUUUUUUAUAUUUGAGAAACAUUAGUCUUGUGCCAAGGAUUAUAUGGCACUAUUGAUAUAAGUUCUUACACAACCAGUAUGUUUUUUAAGUCUGUGGCUUCAGGUUCCAGAAAACUAAUAUUUUCCUUAUUUUAUCACUAUUACAAUUUGAUUAUACUGGAUUUGUUCAGCGUAAGGAAGACUCAGGUUUCUGUUAGCUCAGGAGACAACACUACUGAAUUCUAGGAGCACAUUUACACAUAACGUUUUAAGGCAAAAGCAACAUUUUUAUUAUGAGCAUCAGAUCAUAGGUGAAUGUUUUAAUCAGGGGAUAAAUGUCCUGGCCCAGGCUGGCUUUGCUACUUAUUAAUAGCAUUUGCAAGCAUUCCUUCCCCCUAAGUGAGCUCUUGAGCAUGGUUGAUGACUCUAUGACUGCGGCUGAUUCUGGGAACAUGGUAUCUCCCAGACACGAAGGUACCUUGUUACUUCUGGUUUUAAAAUAGGGCUUGAAGAUAUUUCAGUGUUCCAAGACUGCAGAAUCGUUGUCUUUUUUUGAUACAGAAAGAAAUGUUUCCUUUUGCAAAGCCAGCCUUAGCAAUGAUAUGGCAGUUCUGAAUGUCCUUUUCUGAAAGUGUUUCUCAUUUUCCAAAAGUGGAGGGUUAUGGGCAGGGGCAAGCUAGACGUGGUCUGCGAACUAGUCAUGAGCAAGAUCAGCCUGCACAGUUCAUACUUAAACGUGCCCUUUGCUAAGUGUGUUCACCUCCAUUAAUUCACUUGAAUUGUACAAUUGUCUGAUAACUCAACAAGGAAUGGCUUAUCAUCUCUACCAUACAGAUGAGAAGACUGAGAUUCAGGAAUGGCAAGAGCAGAUCUAGACCUCAAAUACAGAUCUUCUGAGCAAACCUUAUAUUGCUUCCAAAAACUUCCUAAUUAUGGAGCUCUAGCAGGGCAGAGUGCUUAGUGUGAUCUCACAAUCAAGCAAAGAAUGGGCCACUCUUUCCUAAUACCAGGGCCUCUGUUCAAAUGAAUGCCAGUCAUCCUGCAAGGCCUGGGCUAGAGGUGUGUUAAAAA